AAUAAACAGUUGUCAAUCAUGUUUAAAAUAAUAUCAUAAAUUAGAAGUUUAAUAAUAAAUUAAGAAUUUAUCAACAAUGCCCUGUAAAUGUCUUGGAAUAUCUAAAAAUGCUUGUAACUGCAAUAAAUUAUCCACCUUGCAAUCAUACUUAAGAGAUUCGAACGAUUUGAAUAUUACUUUUGGAACUUCCAAUGGAACAGCCAAAAUGACCAAAAAUCAAUGUUUUUUGGAAUAUUUGGGUCUAAAUAGUUUCUAUGAUAUGUGUGCAACGUACAACUUGAAGUACUGUGGAUAUCGUUACUCAUAUUUAAUGAAACGUAAUAGAUUCAAGCAACUUGUAAAAGAUUGCAUUAUUUUAAUAUUCUUUCUAAUGGCAAAUUUAGUUGUUUUCAUCACUCUUUUAUCAAGAAUGGCUUAUGAAAUGGUCAUUAUUGCGACUCAGUCUGUUGCAUGGACUCAGAGUAAAUUAAAAGUCCAUCGAGAUGAAAUAAGAAGCGAAACAUGUCUGGAAAGUCAUUGAUAGUCAUCGACUAUACAAAGAUUCUUACGAGAUGUCGAAACAAACCCGAUGCAUUAUACUUAACAAAUUUUUAAAUAAUAAAUGAAUUGAAUAUGGUGAGGAUGACUAAUAAAUUGUUUUACAAAUCAA